CCAGCCGUUUCUUCCCUCCCCGCCGCCGCCUGCCUCUCCGCUGCCUGCCUCUCUCUCGGCUCGGAGCAGAGCUCCUCCCCUCCGCCGCCGCCACCGCUCCACCUCUCCUCCCCUCCGCCGCCGGCGCCACUACCCCCUCCUCUCCUCCACCGCCGGCUCCGCUCCCCUCCCACUCCCACCCAACCGAGCCGCCGCCUCCCUCCCUCGCGGAGGCGAGCUGCCGAGCCGAGCAAAAACGCAUUAACACUGAUCUGAGGCCCUCCACCCACGGACCAUUUCUGGCCGCGCGAUCCGUGGCGGUGAUGGGGCGACGGCCGCGGCGAAGAGAGCCGCCGGCGAGCAACCACACGCACGGACCAACUGAGGCUGUACGUGACGAAAGGGUGACCGAGGGGGUGAGACCCGCCGGAAAGAAACUUCGCUGCGAGCGUAGUGGUUUUGGUAAGGCAUUUAAGCUAGAAGUUUUGAGAGAGUCCACUGACGGUUUCUCUGACGAGAGACUACUUGGUGAAGGUGGUUCUAUAAGGCACGGCUACAGAAUGGGGAUAUGAUUGCUGUGAAGAAGUUUACAUCGACAAUUCUAGGAAUUAACGAUACACAAUUUGAGAAUGAAGCCAGUCAUCUUAUGAGGCUUAAACAACCAAAUAUAGUGCAACUUGUAGGCUAUUGUUCUCACACAGAGAUGGUACCGGUAGUGCACGAGGGGGCAUACGUUUUAGCUGAGAAGUGAGAACGGUUUAUUUGCUUGGAGUACCUGCCUCAUGGAAGCCUUCAUGGGCAUCUUUCAGAUGAAUCUUCUGGGCUUGAUUGGGACACACUACAAAAUUAUUGAGGGUAUUUGCUAUGGUUUGCAUUAUCUUCAUGAGAAGUGGCAAGCUGGGACCCCUAUUAUUCACAUGGAUCUUAAACCGAAGAACAUAUUGCUCGAUGACAAUAUGGUGCCAAAAAUUGCAGACUUUGGUUUGUCGAGGCUCUUUGGUGUCGAGCAAACUCAAGCUUGCACUACAAGUCAGUUUGGAACAAUCGGUUACAUGGCGCCAGAAUACCGUGACAAAGGUUUAAUCACAAAAAAGUUAGACAUAUUCAGUUUGGGUGUGAUAAUCAUAGAGAUAAUGACAGGGCGAAGGGACUACCCAGAUGAGAUUGAAACAUCAUCCCAGGAAUUUAUUGAGCUCGUGCUUAAGAAUUGGAGAAAUAGACUAGAAAAGGCACAGAGAUAUACAUCAGGCAUUUCCCCCUUUCCUUCUUCCCACAGAGAAAUUGAUUACCUACAAAUAAGAAGAUGCAUUCAGAUUGGUCUAGCUUGCGUGAAACAUGAUCUGGCGAAAAGGCCAACAGCACUCAAAAUUAUGAACAUGCUUCAUGGAUUGGAAGGUCCAGAAGAGGAGGUAAGAGCUGGUUCAGCUAGAAGAAUUGAUCCAACUAAGCGGCAUCGAGAUUGUCUGCUUGAGGUCGAUGACAGUGAACCUAGAAGUUUAAUGUUGGACGAUAUGAAGUCUAAAGUAGCAAAGUUGACAGAAAAAGGUGGACUCCUGAAUGCAGAAGCAAUUGAGAAGCUAGUACAUCUUCUGCAACUUGAUCAAACUGAGGAAAAGAUGGAUGUUUCUGAUCGGGUUAAACUUGCUGAUGUUAUUGCUGCUACAGAAAAUCCUGUUUGGUUAGACAGACUUGUUCAAUCAAGGGGCCUUUUGGUGUUAAAUAGUUGGGUAGACGAGGCUCACCAAAAAGAAGCUGAUAAGCCUAUGCAGGAACUUCUCCUUGCCCUGCUUCGUGCCCUAGCUAUAUUGCCUAUCAAUCUCAGUGCAUUGCAAAGCUGUAGUAUUGGGAAAUCUGUCAAUCAUCUGCGUAGCCAUAGAAAUUUGGAGAUUCAGAAGAAGGCUAAGAGUCUUGUUGAGGAUUGGAAGAGACGUGUGGAUACUGAAAUGAAGUCAAAUUUAUGAAAGCUUUAUUGCCAUGCCUAUCCGGGACAUUUAAAAAAGAUUUGAUUAAAUUUCAAAAGCAGGAAACUGAUGAGGUGGCUCAGGUGAGCACCAUUCCAAAAAUUGGGUGCCCAAUGUUUCUUCAUCAAAAGUGUAUGACUGAGGAAACUGAAGCAUGAUGCUAUUAUUAAUAAGGCUACUCUGGAGAAUCCACCGGCUAGAGAAAUUGGGCAUUUAGCAAUUAUAUUUUCGUUGAGAUCUUUAUCCUGUGUGUAAUGGCUAAUAUGUGUCUAAGUCGCUUCAUGACUUGUUUGAUUGCUGAAUAAGUGAAGAUGACAAUACUGACAUUACAUGGCAUCAUUCUCGUUAA